CACUCAGGCCGUGCCGUACACAGGACUAGAAAACUGGGAAGUUGAGAUUGUCAAAGAUGGCUGACUCUGAUCCUGGGGAAAGAAACUAUGAUAACAUGCUGAAAAUGCUGUCCGACCUGAAUAAGGACCUGGAAAAGCUAUUGGAAGAGAUGGAAAAAAUCUCAGUGCAGGCAACCUGGAUGGCCUACGAUAUGGUGGUCAUGCGUACCAACCCCACACUAGCAGAGUCCAUGCGCCGGCUGGAGGAUGCCUUCCUCAACUGCAAAGAGGAGAUGGAGAAGAACUGGCAAGAGCUACUCACUGAGACUAAACGCAAGCAGUAAGCCACCAUCUGUCACCAGCCUGAGUGCAGAAGCCAGGGGCAUGGGUUCAA